GAAUAGUAGUAGUAUUCAACUCUGGUGCUCAUUAGGCAACGGAGUCAGCGUCUAUGCUACUUAAGUGAGCCCGUUAGCCGUGGGUCUGGUCUUCAAUCUUCCCAUCCCGAAUACAAUCAUAGCAGCCAUCAUCACUUUCUUCUUCCAAGUCCUCUUCGAUCCGCCCAAAUUCCUUCCCCGAUUUUUCCAUAUGCAGGCCACUCAAAAACCAGUGACUCCUAGAGAGCGGGCCUUGAUCAUCAAAAAGGCUCAGGAAGACGCGCUCGCUCGAUUGCCUCUAAACACGCUCUUCAUUGUUCUUCAUAUACGAUCCGACCCUCCUCAGCCAAAUGACUUUCACUGGGGAUAUUACUUCCACACUAGCGCCCAGGGAGGGUCGAAAUAUCACAUGAGAAACCUGGGCGGAGGAUGGAUCCCGGACCAUGGCCCAACCGGAGGCGCUUUCAAGUCGAAUUUCCUGUGCGUCCUUAUCGAGAUCACAAACGUCCCACAUGUAAAGCAUGGUCUUCUCGACCAGAUUAUGAGAUCCCGUGAUGGAGACGUCAAUUCAAUUCCCGGUAUAACCUGCCGAGUAUGGCUCAUGGUCAUCUUGCGAGAGUUGAUUCGACAAGGGAUAGUACGCUGCAGCAAUAUUGAUGGCUUGCAGCAGGAAUGUAUGACUUUCGGAAACCAAUACAGUCAAGGGGCAGCAAACAACACCCAGCCACGACCUGUAGUAAGAUCAGCCCUGUGUCUUUGAAAGCAAAUUAGAGAGAGAACACACGUAGUUGAGCAGAGCUGCGUAUACCUUUUUUUUUUUUUUUUUGCUGCUCUCAUGUUUGUAACUCGUGAUUGUUAUCCGAAUCCAUUAAGCCAAUGCGUGUAUGUUUAUUAGCCCUAA